AGGGGGCCAAAGGGGCGUGGCUGACCCCCCCGCAGAAGAACUUCCGGGUCGGCGGUGCGGGUGUCAUGGCGCUGUACCGGGUGCGGGUGAGCACCGGGCCUCAGGCCCUGGCCGGGACCAUGGACACGAUCGCCGUCACCUUGGUGGGGACGCGCGGGAAGAGCCCCCGUACCCCGCUGGAUCGCUGGGGACUCGACUUUGCCUGCGGUUCGCGGGGCGAGUACGUGGUGGCGGCCCCGCGGGCGCUGGGGCGGCUGCUGCUGGUGCGGGUGCACAAGGAGCCGUUCGGGACCCUCCCCGAGAGCGCCUGGUUCCUGGAGGGGCUGCGCGUCUGGCGGGACGGGGCCGCGCCCGGUGACGACGCGCCCGAUGACGACGCGCCCGGUGACGACGUCGCGCCCGCGUACGGAGCCGCCUGCGCCGAGGAGGACGGGGACGCCGCCGCGAGCGACGAGGAGGACACGAGCGACGACGAGGACGCGUCCGACAGCGAGGAGGACGAGGCGGCCGAGGGGGACGCCGAUGACGCCGCCGAUGACCCGGCCGAUGACGCCGCCGCCGCCGGUGACGUCGAUGACGACGCUUGGGUCGCCGAGGAGGAGAGCGACGCCGAGGACGAGGAGGACGACGAUGACGUCGCGGGUGACGACGACGUCGCGGGUGACGUGGGCGAUGACGAGGACGAUGACGAGGACCCCCCCGGGCCGUUCCACUUCCCCUGCUACCGCUGGCUGCAGGGCUACGGCACCUGGGAGCUGGCCGAGGGCACAGCCAAGACGCCGGCGCAGGAACGUCACCCGCUGCUCCAGCGCCUCCGCCGCCGCCACCUCGCCCAGCAGCGCCGGCGCUACCGGUUUUCCCGCUUCGCCCCCGGGCUGCCCUGGGCGCUGCCCCUGGGGACCCCCCCGGACCCCGACCUGCAGUACUCCCUGCCCAAGGCCGCCGCCUUCUACCUGCGGGCGGGCGCUGCGAACCUGGACUCCAAGCUCCGGGGGUUCCUGGACCGUCCCAGCUCGUGGCCCAGCCUGGAGGCCAUCACCCGCCUGUUCUGCUGCUUCCACACCCCCGUCACCGAGUACGUGGUGCAGCACUGGCGGGACGACGCCUUUUUCGGGGAGCAGUACCUGAACGGGGUGAACCCCGUCCUGCUGCGCCGCUGCUCCCGCCUGCCCCCCAACUUCCCCGUCACCCCCCCCAUGGUGGCGCCCAGCCUGGGCCCCCACACCUGCCUGCAGCGCGAGAUGGAGGAGGGGAACAUCUACCUGGCGGAUUACGGGGUGCUGGAGGGGCUCCCCACGGCGCGGCUCGACGGGCACCCCACGUACCUGGCUGCGCCCCUCUGCCUGCUGCACCAGCGCCCCGACGGGCAGCUCCUGCCCAUCGCCAUCCAGCUGUCGCAGCAGGGGGGGCCGCGCAGCCCCAUCUUCCUGCCCGGGGACCCCCCCUGGGUGUGGGUGCUGGCCAAGGCGUGGGUGCGCAGCGCCGAGUUCCAGGUGCACGAGGGGCUGAGCCACCUCCUGCGCGCCCACCUGCUGGGGGAGGUGUACGCCAUGGCCACCCUGCGGCGCCUGCCCCCCCCGCACCCCCUCUUCAAGCUGCUGGUGCCGCACACGCGGUUCACGGUGCACAUCGGCACCCUGGCCAGGAGGUUCCUGCUCAACCCCGGCGGCGUCUUCGACAGGGCGGUGGCCCUGGGGCGCCGGGGGCUGCUGCGGUUGGUGGCGCGGGGGCUGCGCGAGCUCCGUUACGCCGCCCUGGUGCUGCCCCGGGACCUGCGGCGCCGCGGCGUCACCCGCACCCGGCGCUACCACUUCGCCGAGGACGCGCGGCGCAUCUGGGCCGCCAUCCGCAGCUUCGUGCGGGGCGUGGUGCAGCACUAUUACCCGUGCGACGCCGCCGUGCGAGACGACCCCGAGCUGCAGGCCUGGGUGGGCGAGAUCUUCCACAAGGGCUUCCUGGGCCGCCGCAGCUCAGGGGUGCCGUCCCGCCUGACCCGCCGGCGCUCCCUGGUGACCUUCGUGACCAUGGUGAUCUACAGCUGCUCCGCCCACCACGCCGCCACCAACAGCGGCCAGUUCGAGCUGGGUGCCUUCAUGCCCAACAUGCCCCCCGCCAUGCGCCGCCCCCCCCCCCAGACGAAGGCGCCGCUGUCGGAGCGGGAGGUGCUGGGGGCGCUGCCCGCCAUGAACAGCUCGGCCCUGGCCCUCGGCGUCCUCUGGGUGCUGCGCAACGAACCCCGCGACAUGCGCCCGCUGGGCUGUUACCCCGAGCGGCACUUUGUGGAGCAGGCCCCGCGGCGCCUGAUGCGGCGCUUCCAGCAGCGCCUGGCCGCCAUCUCCCGCCGCAUCCGGCGCCGCAACGCGGGGCUGCCCCUGCCCUACCCCUACCUCGACCCCGCCUGCGUGGAGAACAGCGUCGCCAUCUGAGGGGGGCCCAAAAACGGGGAACCCCCCCCCCAAACACCAGGG